AAUUCUCAAUCCCAGAAGACAUCGUUUGCGUCAAUCAUGUCAGAUCUAUCUCCAGAAAGAAUCAAACUUCCCAUUACUUCCAUGCCGGAAUCUUCUUCUUCUUUACACCAUUCCUAUAGUCGGAAACAGAAAUCUCUCGGACUUCUUUGUACCAAUUUCUUGGCUUUGUAUAAUCGAGAUGGGAUUGAAAUGAUUGGGCUUGAUGAUGCUGCUUCGAAAUUAGGAGUGGAGAGACGAAGAAUCUAUGAUAUUGUUAAUGUUCUUGAGAGUGUUGGGGUUUUAACAAGAAGAGCAAAGAAUCAGUAUACGUGGAAAGGGUUUGCCGCAAUUCCAGGAGCAUUGAAGGAACUACAAGAAGAAGGGGUUAAGGACACAUUUCAUCGUUUCUAUGUCAAUGAGAAUGUUAAAGGAUCUGAUGAUGAGGAUGAUGAUGAAGAGUCUUCUCAGCCUCAUUCUAGUAGCCAGACUGAUAGUUCAAAACCUGGCUCUCUUCCCCAAUCUUCAGAUUCGUCAAAGAUAGAUAAUCGACGAGAGAAAUCUUUAGGAUUGCUUACUCAGAACUUUAUCAAACUCUUUAUUUGCUCUGAAGCUAGGAUCAUUUCCCUUGACGAGGCUGCAAAAUUACUGCUCGGUGAUGCCCACAAUACAUCGAUAAUGAGAACAAAAGUGAGGCGGCUUUAUGAUAUUGCGAAUGUCUUGUCAUCUAUGAAUCUUAUCGAGAAGACUCACACCUUAGAUUCUCGAAAACCAGCUUUCAAGUGGUUAGGAUACAAUGGUGAGCCUACUUUCACGCUGAGCAGCGAUUUGAUGCUACUGGAAUCAAGAAAAAGAGCUUUCGGAACUGAUCUUACAAAUGUUAAUGUCAAGAGAAGCAAAUCAUCAUCUUCCUCCCAAGAAAAUGCUACAGAGAGAAAGUUAAAGAUGAAAAAACACACAACACCAGAGAGUUCUUAUAACAAAAGCUUUGAUGUUCAUGAAUCAGGACAUCGAUCAAGAGGUUACCAGUUUGGUCCUUUUGCACCAGGCACUGGUACAUAUCCAAGAGCUGGUUUGGAGGACAACUCUAGGAGAGCUUUUGAUGUUGAGAAUCUGAAUUCGGAUUACCGUCCCUCUUACCAAAACCAAGUUUUGAAAGACCUCUUUUCCCAUUACAUGGAUGCUUGGAAGACAUGGUUCAGCGAAGUCACCCAGAAGAAUCCAUUACCUAAUACAUCACAACACCGUUAGAUCUUCUUCGUCUUCUUCUUCUCUUACCUGUGAACAUCAUCAUUUGUAGAGAGCUUCAAGAGUCAUUUCUUUUGAUCACUGUGGUUUAGUUUCUCCGCACAAUUGUAACUGCAAGAAUCCCACAUUAAUUCACAGAUCGCAUACCCUCUUUGCUUUCUGAAGUUACUGUAGGCUGUAACUUUUGUAUGUUACAUAUAAGAGCAUUCAUCUUUUGCCAGUUUUUUGCAGCUUUUGUAUGGCAUAUUGUUUUGAGAGAAACAAAAAAGAACACCAUCU